AUGGGUAUAUGUACUUCAAAGCCACCACCGAAGCCGAAUCCGUACGCUCCGAGAGAUCCAGAUGGGCGGAUUGAUCCAUCUCAGACGCCUAAAUCGGCGCCUACUCCUCACCGGAAAGAUGAUCUUGUCUCCGGGAAACAAUCGCCGUUUUUCCCUUUCUACAGCCCUAGUCCGGCGCAUUAUUUUUUGAAGAAGAAGAGCCAAAACUCGCCGUUGCCAGCGGGUGGGACUGAGAGUACUACCUCCACUCCUGGUAGAUUCUUCCGGCGCUCGUUUGCUCCUCCUUCUCCGGCUAAGCAUAUUAGGGCAGUGCUAGCGAGGCGGCUUGGAAAGAAGGCGGGUUCUACGGCGGCGAUUCCGGAGGAAGGCGACGAGGAAGGCGGGAUCGAGUUGGAUAAGAGAUUUGGAUUCUCGAAAGAGUUCACUAGUCGAUUGGAGGUCGGGGAGGAGGUCGGGAGAGGCCAUUUUGGGUAUACUUGUUCUGCAAGGUUCAAGAAAGGCGAGCUUAAGGGUCAACAAGUUGCUGUUAAAGUUAUUCCUAAAGCAAAGAUGACAACAGCUAUUGCAAUUGAGGACGUGAGAAGGGAAGUAAAAAUAUUGCGAGCCUUGACCGGACGUACCAAUCUAGUACAAUUCUACGAAGCAUUUGAAGACCAUGAUAAUGUCUACAUUGUAAUGGAGUUGUGCGAAGGAGGAGAGCUUCUAGACAGAAUACUUUCAAGAGGUGGAAAGUACUCAGAAGAAGAUGCAAAAGCUGUCAUGGUUCAGAUAUUGACCGUUGUUGCAUUUUGUCAUCUUCAGGGUGUCGUGCACCGAGAUCUGAAACCCGAGAAUUUCUUGUAUACAUCUAAAGACGAGAAUGCCCAAUUGAAAGCCAUAGACUUCGGGUUAUCUGAUUUCGUCAAACCAGACGAAAGACUUAACGACAUAGUUGGAAGCGCAUACUAUGUGGCACCCGAAGUUCUCCAUAGAUCUUACGGUACAGAGGCCGAUGUGUGGAGUAUAGGUGUGAUUGCAUACAUUCUUCUAUGUGGUAGCCGUCCAUUUUGGGCCCGGACCGAGUCAGGAAUUUUUCGAGCAGUCUUGAAAGCUGAUCUAAGUUUCGAUGAAGGUCCAUGGCCUUCAUUAUCUUCUGAAGCAAAGGACUUCGUCAAGCGCUUACUAAACAAGGAUCCACGCAAACGAUUGACGGCUGCUCAAGCAUUAAGUCAUCCUUGGAUUCGGAAUUACAACGGUGCAAAAGUUCCUAUCGAUAUCUUAAUAUUCAAGCUCAUGAGAGUUUAUAUGCGGUCAUCGUCCUUGCGUAAGGCUGCUUUACGGGCUGUAUCCAAGACAUUGACGGUUGAUGAGCUCUCUUAUUUAAAGGAACAGUUCGAACUGUUGGAACCAAAUAAAAAUGGCUUUAUAACUCUGGAAACAAUUAAGAUGGGUCUCGCAAAACAUGCAACCGAUGCCAUGAACGAGUCCCAUACGCUCGAUUUUCUUGCAAAUUUGAAUACACUUCAAUACAGAGGAAUGGAUUUCGAAGAAUUCUGUGCUGCUGCAUUGAGCAUCCAUCAGCUUGAAGCACUGGACCGGUGGGAACAACACGCUCGUUGUGCAUACGAAAUUUUCGAGAAGAACGGAAAUCGAGCAAUUGUCAUAGAAGAACUCGCUUCUGAACUCGGACUUGGACCAGCCAUCCCACUCCACGUCGUUCUUCAAGAUUGGAUCAGACACACAGAUGGGAAGCUAAGCUUCCUUGGAUUUGUGAAGUUGUUGCACGGCGUGUCGAGCCGAUCACUAGCAAAGGUGUCAUGAACGUGUUAUAGCCGAUCUCGGCGUGGAUUAUCCCAGUACAGAGUAGUAGUUCAUGAGCGGUAUUGAUUGGAUGUGAAAAAGGGGCCUUAAAACACCAGAAAAGGCAUGGAAGCAUAGCAGAAAAGUUGUAGUUUUGGAGCAUAUUUAUGAACUUACUUCGCAGAGCCAAUUCUUUUGGGAGCUGUUUGGAUCAUUCAUUUCAAAAGAGCUCUAUAUGAACAACUUCCCAUGAAUGUUGACUUGAAGAAGUUCCACUAUAAAUGAAGAUGUAAUUUAGUAUUAUUGUUCUUAUUCUUUACCUUUAUCAGAUAGUGUGAUAGCAUUGCCACUCAUGAAAGACACUAUUAAUACACAACUUUCCACCAUCUUCUCUC